ACUCUAAACUAUAGGUCAUUAGAAAGGAUGAGCAAAAACUGAAAAGUGUUCGUUUAAGAUAUUUUUUACAGCAGCGUUUACAUGUGCAUAUGAAAGCAGGUGACAACAACUAAGCCUACUACCACUGUCGUACGGUGUACCAGCGAAUGACACAGCACGAGGCUAGAAGCGCAGUAUAGUGACAUUUAUAAAACAAAAAAAUGACAUCUCUGAAAAAAUUCAAGACAUUUGAGUGCAUUUUCUGUAGGUUGAAAGAAGAUGAUGAGUUACGCUAUGGCCAAAUAUUUCAUAGAGAGAAGUUUUCUCUACAUUACUACUGCAUGCUGUUCUCCAGUGGUCUGAAUCAGAGAGGAAAGACUGAUGAGGAUGGAAUUCUUGGAUUUUUUCCCAGUGAUAUUUUACGAGAAGUACGAAGGGGAAAGAGACUGAAGUGUACCUAUUGUGGAAAGUAUGGAGCCACGAUAGGUUGCUGCAACAAAAAAUGUAAAAAAGUUUUUCACUUGCCAUGUGGUCUCCAGAAUGAUUCUCUGAGCCAGUUUUUUGGAACUUUUGAUACUUUCUGUGGUGUUCAUCGACCUAGACAGAAAGUGCAUAUAGGGGAUGGAAAAGGCUCGGAAGAAUCUGAUUCAAUAUGUUCAAUAUGUCUAUAUUCUGUGGAUUGUAAAGUCUCAAAUGAUUUGCUUAGAGCUCCUUGUUGCAAUUAUUCAUGGUUUCACCGGACUUGUGUUCAGAGGUUAGCCCUGAAUGCAGGAUACUUCUUCAAGUGUCCACUGUGUAACAACAAAGAUUUGUUUAAUAUGGAAAUGCUGAAAUAUGGUAUACACAUACCAGAACAGGAUGCAUCUUGGGAAUUAGAACAAAAUGCUUUCCAAGAUCUCUUAGAAAGGUAUUGCCACUGUGAUGCAAUACAUUGCAUUUGCCCAAAUGGAAGAAAUUUCAGCUCAAAAGGAAGUGAAUGGGAGAUUAUGGUUUGUAGUUCAUGUGGAUCACAAGGCUGCCAUGUUCUCUGUAAAGAACCUUCAACUCAACCAUUUUCCUGGAUGUGUUCUGGAUGUCUAACUGUCACUUGGAAAUUGCAAAAAAAGAGACUGGUUAAACCAUUAUCCCUCAAAAUUCAUGAUGAUGAUGAAAGUUUAGUGGAAACAAGUGAGGAAGAUAGCUCUUCAGCAUUUACCUGUAUGAGUAGCACUGUGCUACCACAGAAGAGAAGUAGAGAAGAAACAAUUUUUCUAAAGAAAGAUUCAAUGGAAUUUAAGGUAUUCAAGAAAGAAAACAGUGAUCUGACUUCAGUAUCUCAUUUUAAUAGAAGAGACAAAAAGUUGAAUGGGUAUGGAGUAAAACCAAUGUCUUUAGGUUUUCUUUGUUGCAGUCAGAGAAAUGAACCAGUGGUGUCUUUACAAGAUGAUAUCUCCAACUUAAAUAAGAAGGUAAAUAAAGGUGUUUCAUUCUGUGAAGAAAGGAAUUCUGAACUUUUUCAGAUUAGUAGCCAUCCUAUAGAUAAUGAACUUGGUCAACCUGAAGCAUAUUGGGAAGAUUCAUUACGGUUAUCAUUUGGUAAGAAUGACAGCCCUCAGAGGUGUCACAACACUUGGAAGGACUUUAAUCAUGUCAACUUAGCCUCAAAUAAACCUGUUUUCUUUCAAAUCAGUCAUGGAGUAAAUCCUGGCUCAUCUCGUUUGGAAAUAUUCAUGAGACAAGGUGGUGGCAAACCCCCAGUUAAGCUAGGAUUUCGCAAUCUUUUUGUUCCAUCAGCACAUAGCAAUCAUUCAAAGAAACAAGUAUCAACAGUAACAUCGGAACAAUUACUUAGUAAUUCUGUAACUGGAUGUAAUGACAAACACCAAAGCAAUUGUUCUGUUCCUUCUAGGGAAGUAAAAAAUAUUAUAUCAAAUUCAGGGGAAAAGUUCGUACAUGAAUCUACCUCAAAAGCUUCAUCUUCCAACAGUAAAAAUUACCUUAAAGAGUCACAGUUGUCUAGAAAUGUGGAACAUUAUCACAGUGCAAUUCAUCAUUUAGCUUACAACCAAGGAAGUAAAUUAGAAAAGCAAGCACAUGAUCAUGACAUACCACCAACCUCCGAAAACAAAGUGCAUCCAGAAACAAAGCACAUGUCACAUAAAAGUUUCUUA